AUGGAGGAUGCAGGAGCAGCGGAGGACUGCCCACCACCUUGGUUAGGGGUAGCCAAAGAAUCGAGCGGCGAACGAGCCGACAGACCACUGCUGGACCGAGAAGCGACGUUCCUGACUGAGAUCGCGGACGGGGAGGCGGCAACAAAAGUGGGCGUGGCGAAGGCUACGGUAAAAGCGGAGCGGGGCGGCUACGCUCCGCGGUUGACGGACUCGCGAAGCCUGAUGGCCGAGAUAAUGACGACCUUGGAUUUUCCGCGGAUUUCCUUUCUGCGCAAGGAGAUCACGAAGAAGGCGCAGGGGCUCGAUCGAACUGAGUUCAUCACGACCAUGGCAACGUGUAUCGCGGGGAAUAUAUCAAAACCGGUGGAUUGUAUCAGUGAUGUUGACGUCACGAUAGUGGCCAACCUCUGCGAUGUCUUCGAGCAGGUGGACAUCAACAACGACGGAAUGAUCGACUGGGAUGAGCUAUCGUCGUUCAUGAUAGACAUGGGCAUGAGGGGCUGGGCCAAGAUCGGGGGGGAAACGCCAAACUAUGUUCACACGGGGCAGAUCGACCCCGCAAGGCAUACCCAAGCCGCAGACCAGCUUCAGUACUUUCCGGCAAACGACACCGUCGCGGUCAUUGACGAAAGCGCCAACUUUUUCCGGAUGUACCAUGCCGACUCCAUGCACAUCAAACGGCAGUACGAAAUUCAGAUCUGCAUGACGUACUCCGAGAGCCACGACCUGGUGGUGGCCGGCGACAUGACAGGGAACGUCUUUUCGUGGAAUAUCGCAGAUACCGACAUGGUCGCCUCGUGCAGCAUGGAUCACACCGUCAAGCUGUGGGAUCUCACCACGCUCGGUCUCCUGAAAACGUUGCGUGGGCAUCUCAAGGGCGUGAAACAUAUGGCGUACUGCCCGGAUCAGCGCCUGAUCGUCUCCGGAGGGUUUUCGUUCGACCUGGUCGUCAACAAUCCCUACGUGCCCAGCCCCAUCAGCCGCCUCCGAGGGCACUGCUCUGCCAUCGUAGGGGUAGAGCACAUCACGGGUACCUCUCAGUUAAUAACCGCCGACAUGGAUGGAUUUUGCAAGCUGUGGGACCUCCGGACGUUCUCGUGCGUGGGGACGUUCACCUCUAACGCGGCCGAAAGCAACAAGAUGGGCGCGAAACGAGAGACUACCUCCACCUGCUCACCCGCCACAAGGGAGCCUGUCAUCACGUGUAUGACCGUGAACCCCCUUUCAAAACGGGUGUUCGUGGGCGGACGGACUGUGGACAGUUUCGAGGUCCUUCGAGACGAGUGCGAAAAUCUGACGGACGAAUCAGCGAUUUUGGCCGUCUACUUCAACACAACAAACCUGACUUUCGUGACUGCGUCAGCUUGGUCCGUGAAAGUAUGGGAUGGAGCAACGGGCGAGCUUCUUUGCACGGAUGCUAGGCAGCAGAGAUCGCAAGAUGCACCCGAAGCAGCAGUCGAGGGUGUCAACAACAGAGACGGAGAGAUUUUCUCAAUGUGCCUCGGAGCAAGAGGAAGGACGAUAUUGGCCGGCGAUGGGCUCGGCCACAUCAAGGCAUACAGCCAAGCUAACUACACCGAGCUGAAGAACUACAAGUACGCUGAGUGCAAGGGGAAGGCCCACGAAGGCAACGUUCGAGCCCUCAUCUUCAUCGAGGAACACUCCCUGCUUAUCUCCGCCUCCGACGACCGAUCCAUCUCGAUCCAUGACGAAUCUGUGCAAGACAACGGGGCCCUGCUGCGGCGAAUCACCAACGCCUCUUGGUCAGAGAUCACUGUUCUUCGGUACAGCUCCCACCUAGGUCUUAUCGCCUCUGGUAACACCGAUGGAUCCAUUCAGCUGUGGAACUUUGAGCACGCGCGACAUGAAGGGUGUUGCGAGGAGCUGCACCAGUAUCCGGUAACGUGCCUGGCUUUUCUUGACCCCUUUCCGUUACUCCUGUCCACCGAUUCUGCGGGUUUCCUGGCGCUGUGGGCUAUUCCGCCGGCCAGGGUGGGGCUCAGGUUCAAGCGUUUGUUCACGUGGAUAAACAGGCAACCCGUCUCGGAUCGCAUGUACGGUGGGGGUGGACACGCUGACGGAGAUAUGCCGGUAACCGUGACCGCUCUAGAGUGUCAGGUGGAGAUGAUAUCGACCUCAAUCGCCGCGUCGACCGUCACAGACUCCGACACAUUAUCCACCGAGGGUAAGGACGGCAGCCAGGAGAGCAGCAGCCUCGAGAUGUCUCUCGAAGAGGAAGAGGGAGAAGACGACCACGCUGACGUCGAAGAAAACGAUGACGCCGAUGGCGAGGGUGACUCCCUCCCACCUCCGUCCCCUGCCGCCGGGACUAGCGCCGCGAGAGCGACCGAAAUCGCGAACAACCAACACGGGGCAGACGAUGUAGCGGCAGCACCGCCCGAACGGGGCGAGGUUGCAACCACCGAUGAGGCGGAGAGGGUGCCAGACGCGGCCCAAGGCGGCGAUGGUGGUGGUGACGGAGCCGACGUUCUCCCCCGCGUUGCUGAUGGGAAUGCGUCGCAUCCCCCGUCGACCGCGUGGAGCGGUGGGGAUAGCCAGGAGCAACGGCAACGACGGGUGUUUUGGAACACGGAGAUGCUGUCCUACACCGUCUACACCGCGGACGAGAUCGGCACGGUCACCACAUGGGACCUCAAGGAAGUUAUUAUCGGUCUCAUACGCAUGUACGGGGGGCAUGAGUGGGCCGGGCACGGGGUGGGUGUGGUGCAAUCGCCCGCGGUCUGCUCGAACGCAUUCCUUGUUGAGCGGCAAGACGCCGGAAACGCUCUCCGUGAAGCACGGUAUCGUCUGGAUGCCAAAGCGGCGCUGGAUUGGGUUGCCGACACGGACAUCCUCGGUCUUCACAGAAUUGGAUCUUGGGAAGCUCACACUGAACCAAUAAUUUCCAUGAGCAUGGUGAACGACCCCCCGACGGUGCUCACAUCCGCAAUGGAUCGUGUUGUCAAGGUAUCUCAUAGAAGCGAUGUUUUGUUUUGA